UCAUUAUGAAGAAUUUGUUAAGUGCUUACUCUGUGCCAGGCACUGUACUAAUAAGUGCUAGGAAUAUAAAGAAAAGCAAAACUAUUUUGUGCCCUUUUCCACUAUUUAACUUGUUUGUACAUAUCUGUUUGCUUGUUGUCUCCUCCAUUACCUUGGGAGCUCUUUGAGGAAAAGGACUAUCUUUUGCCUCUUUUCAUAUGCGCAGUACUUAGCACAGUGCCUGGCACAAAGUAGGUCCUCAGUAAAUGAUUAUCGACUGACCAAUGAGGGAGACAACACAUAGAUACGUAUAAGAAGAAAGGUCAUCUUACAGGAGAAGGUGCUGACAGCUGGAGAACUGGAAAAGGCCUGCUACAGAAGAUGGAAUUUGAACAGACCUUUUCAAAAGUAUUAACUUUUAUUCUGAACUUCAGAAACAUCAAAUGAAAUGGCCAUAGUAGAAGACAAAGAAAAAGCUUCCCUCCACCUAGAACUCUUAAACUGUGCUACACAUCUCUGCUGCUUUCUGGCCUGCCUUUUCUUUUCUUCCGUACAUUUUAAAAAGAUACCCAUCCAAAUUAUCAUAUUUUCUUUUUCCCUUUUUUGGCUACCCCAUCCCUAUUUUACUGUUAGAAAAAAGAAAAGAACAAAGCCCUUAUAACAAGUACACAGAGUGAAGCAAAAUAAUUCCCAUAUUAGCUAGGUCUAGAGAUGUCUGUCUCAUUCUGCACUCUGAUCCCAUCAUGUGUCUGUGUCAGUGGAGGUGUAACAUACUUCAUCAUUGGUCCUUUGCAUUAAUCACAAUCCUCAAAUCUCUCUGAGUUGUUUUUCUUUAUCAUGCUAUUAGUGUAUGAUGUCUUCUCCUGGGAGAACUCAUGAUGUUUUCCCCCAAACCCAUCUCGCCACAGAACUUUCCUAUUUGGGUUGAACAUGUCCAUCAUUAGCCAGUCACCCAACCUCCCAACCAGGGGUUUGUUCUAGAUCUCCAUCAUUUCUGAUCAUAGGCCACUUGUUGAGUCUACAUUCAUAAAAUUGCUUAUACUUACACUUUGUAUCUAUUUAGGGAAUUUCCUAUUAUUUUCUUUGAACAGAGGGACUAUUUAAUUUUUGCUUUAAAUCUCAGCACCUUCUACAGUUCCUAGCACAGAAUGGGCAUUUAAUCCAUACUUAUUUAUUGAUUGAUUUGAUUGAUAUGAUUUCAGGUUUAUUCAUUGUUACUUUUCCAAUCUUUCUUGUAUGAUUUCUUCACUGUGUCAUUUGAGCAUUUGAUUCUUUUACAUCCUGCUUCCUAAUAUUUUGGGCCUUUCAGAACUUCUUGGUUCAGCCAUUUUUUCCUUUUCUCAUCUAUUUCUUUGUUCUUUCCCAUCAUAAUAACUAUUAGUAAUAGACUUUGAAGGAAUCGGUGUCUUCUUUCAUCUCUUUCCUCUCUUCUAAUCUCCUUUCCUUUUCUCUCUCUCUCUCUCUCUCUCUCUCUCUCUCUCUCUCUCUCUCUCUCUCUCUCUCUCCCUCUCUCUCUCUGUCUCUCUCUCUCUCUGUCUCUCUCUCUCUCUCUGUCUCUCUCUCUCUCUGUCUCUCUCUCUGUCUCUCUCUCUGUCUCUCUCUCUCUCUCUCUCUCUCUCUCUCUCUCUCUCUCUCUCUCCCUCCCUCUCUCUCUCCCUCCUUCUCUCCUUUCCUUUCCUUCUCUUUCCUUUCCUUCUCACUAUCUUUCUGGUCUUUUGUUUUCUUGCUCACUUCUUCUGUUCUUUAAAGGAGUUUUAUUGGGUUAACCCAUUUUGCUUUGUGUCUUGACUCCAUCCAUUACAUUUAAAGCUAAAAUUCAGCAAGAGGAUGCUGUGUCUCAUUAGUGGGAGACCCACAGGGCAGGGUUGGGUCUCAUUCAUGCCUUUAUUCACUUUCUUAGCUUUGCCUUUUCCCCAGAGUCUAACACUUUCCCGAAAGGGGAGCACAGGAGCGGAACUGAUGGCAGCUCUUCUUCUGACAGCCAGGCCCCAGGAGUUGGUGACAUUUGAGGAUGUGGCCGUGUAUCUCACAAAAGAGGAAUGGGAACACCUGGGCCCUGCUCAGAGAAGGCUCUACAGGGACGUGAUGCUGGAGAAUUAUGAGAAUGUCGUUUCAUUGGGCUUUCCUGUUUCCAAACCUGACCUGAUUUCCCAGCUGGAGCAAGGGGAAGUACCAUGCUUGCCAGAUCUUCCCAGAACUGAGGUUCCAGAGAUCCAUGGUGCUAGGAGCUCUGUGACUGAGAAAGAGACAUCUAUUCCACAGCAGGAAGUUGGUGAAGAAGUGAAAACCCAGGGAAUAUUAUCAGCAGGAUCCCCACAGGGGAUUCACCAGGACUCUGUAGCUGGAGGACUCUAUGAUGUUGAGGGCAGGUUAGAGAGGCAGCAGAGAAACUUUGUUGGAGAUAUAGCCCAGACAUCUGAUUCAUGUGGCAACCCCACAAAUAAUUCAGACCUUAUGAAACAGCAGCAGAAAUGGGAGCAAAGGGUUGAGAAUCCCUAUGAAUGUAAAGACUGUGGGAAAGCCUUCAGACUUAACAUAGAACUUAUUCAGCAUGAGCGAAUACAUAGUGGAGAGAAACCCCAUGAAUGUGAGGAAUGUGGGAAAACCUUCAAGGGACACUCAGAACUUAUUGAACAUGAGAGAAUUCACAGUGGAGCAAAACCCUAUAAAUGUAAGGAAUGUGGGAAAGCCUUUAGGAGGAGCUCAGGCCUUAGUAGACAUAGGAGAAUUCAUAGUAUAGUAAAACCCUAUCGAUGUAAUGAAUGUGGGAAAUCCUUUAAGAGAAGUACAGGCCUUAGUCAACAUCAGAAAGUCCAUAGUGGAGAGAAGCCCUAUGAAUGUAAUGAAUGUGGGAAAGCCUUCAAGGUUAGCACACACCUUAUUAGGCAUCAGAGAAUUCACAGUGGUGAGAAACCUUUUGAAUGUAGUGACUGUAGAAAAGGCUUCAGGGAACAUUCAGACCUUAUUAAGCAUCAGAGAAUUCAUACUGGAGAAAAACCCUUUAAGUGUGAUGAAUGUGGUAAAGCAUUUCGGGGCCAAUCAGGUCUUCUUGAACAUCAGAGAAUUCAUAGUGGAGCAAAACCAUUUGAGUGUAUUCAGUGUGGGAAAGCAUUUAGAAGGAGUUCAGAGCUUACCAAACAUCGGCGAAUUCAUACAGGAGAAAAACCCUAUGAAUGUAAGGAAUGUGGGAAACCUUUCAGGCAGAGCUCAAGCCUUCUGGAACAUCAGAGAAUUCAUACAGGAGAGAAACCUUAUGAAUGUAUUGAAUGUGGGAAAACCUUCCGGGGACCUUCAGACCUUAUUAAACAUAGGAGAAUUCAUAGUGGAGCAAAACCUUAUGAAUGUAACGAAUGUGGGAAAACUUUCAGGAGGAGUUCAGGUCUUAAUCGACAUCGGAGAAUUCAUAGUGUAGCCUCACUCCAUGCAUGCAGUGAGUGUGGGAAAGCCUUUAAGAAGAGUUCAGCCCUUUACAGACACCAAAAAACUCACAGUAGUUAAAAAUCCACUGGAAGUAUUCAGUUUGUGUAAACUUUCAGAAAGCACUUGGAUUUUGUUAAACAUUAGACACAAUUUUACUAUUGUAAAGCAAACCCCUGAUGAUGUAAUGAAUGUGGAAAGCCUUUUGGAAAAAAUCAGGGAUUAAUCAUUAUUUGAGAAUUCAUGUGGGAGAAGAACCCAAUGAAUUAUGCUUAAUCAUUAUUAUUGCUGCAGUCUUAUGGACUGUCUGAGGUCACUGUAUAUAGAUCAUCAGAAAAUUCAUGGUGGAGUGAAACUUUGUGAAUGUAGUGAAUGUGGAAAAACCCUUCAGUCAGAGUGUAGGCCUCAAUCAUAUUAGCAAAUACAAAGCACAAACUGCUCUUUAAAGGUAGCAUUGUCACAGCCUGCAUACCCAAAAAUAUGACUGACAGUAAUUCACAUUCACAUGGCACUUUACAGUUUAUGAAGCACUACAAUUACAGUUGAGCCAAUCUCUAGCAAACACUUUGAAGCUUUUGGAAAGCACAUACCACAUUUUUCUCUUGCCCAGUACGGAGAGAAGAACACUCCAGUGACAAUGUAAUAGUAAAUAUUCUUCAAUAUUUAUUCAGUUCAUCUCUUCCAAUCCCACCACUGUAGACCAGGCUCUCAUUACUUUCCCUCUGGUUGUAUGUUUCCAGUGUUUCUUUCCUAUAAUCCAUUUGCUCCCAGCUUUCAGAUUAAUCUGCAGAGAAGAUUUCAUCAUGCCACACUCUACUGCUCAAGAACCUGACUUGGCAAUGGCAUCUAAUUGUAUGCCAUACCACAUAAAAGACCUAUGUGUGGUAUGGACAUUAUAUAUACCAAAAGUUUAAGAAGAGUCCUGGGCAUUCACUUUGUGGAAAGGCCAUCUGUCCUCUGUGAUUGAGACUAACAAUGAUUCUCACAGAAUGGAGAUUAGCUCUCUAUAGGAAAACAUCCCAGCAGUAAUCUAGCCAUUGAACGGUAUCAAUUGGAUAAUAUUUACUGAUGAAAUUAAGAUAUCGCUCCAUGUUAUCAGUAUGCAACUAGCCUAAAAUGUCAUAAAUGAAAAAUCUGUACACUUGGGAAUCAUAAGUAAUCUAUUAUGAGAGUCUUUUGAGAUGUAAAAGAGUAGUAACAAAUGCAAACAGACAGGCAGUGGUCCAAGUAACCAGGGCUCUUAAAUCAGUUUCUCUAUGCAGAUUUUCCUCAUGGAAAGAAAAAUGUACCUCUUGUCAAUGUGGCAAUUUUAUUUAUGAUUGUAAUUUAAUAAAUAAGUAUCUUUAAAUAUAAAUUACACCCUUACCAGUUUAUUUAGCUUGAAUCCACUGACUGGAUCCUGCUACUUCCAAAUAGACUGACAAGUUUCUAAAUCUGUAUGCUAUAGUGCUGUGGUGUCAAACUCAAGUAGAAACGGAUCCCUGUAGGCAGUCAAUCACAACUGAAUAUUAUGUUGCAUGGUAAUUUAAUUUACUUCGUUAAACAUUUCCAGUUACAUUUUUACCUCUCUCUGAUAGCCUCCAUGAGCUAGACACCUCUGCUAACAGAUAGGGCCCUAGACUUAAAGUCAAGGGGACCUGGGUUCAGAUCCCAGCUCAGACAUUUAUUAGUUGUAUGAUGAUGGCAAAGUCAUUUAGCUUCUCUGAGCCUCAGUUUCAUCAUCAGGAAAAUGAUGGGAGGAGGAGAAGAAUUGGGCUUUGCCCCCUAAGGUCUCUUUUUAGCUCUAAGUAUCUGAUCCUAUGGCUGAGCUCAGGGGAAGCUACCUUCUGACCUUAGCUAUUGGUUUACAAUAUCAAUGACCUACAUUUUGGAAGUUAGAAAGUCAUCCUAUCACCCUUUUCUUCAGGAUGGUGGCAUCUAAUGUGAUGGCUUGUGGAUAGCUGUACUAAAAAUAGCGUAUUGCCCAGAAAUGGCAGUUUCUCUUUACUUUCUUUUCUACUUGCAUCAUAAAUAUAAGUUGCAGGGCAAUGGACCCUCCAGAAACACUAAAUGUUUUGUUGCAAUGCAUUUAAAUAAAUAUUAUGAAUCUUCAGUAUCCUUGUAAAACAAAAAUAGCCUAAUAAAUGUUUAAGCCCUAUUUGUAACCAUCUAGAUUCUCUUCUGAAGUCGAGGAUCUAGGUUUGAAUAAUGACGCUGCUACUUCUCGUGUGAUCUUGGGCAAGUCAUUUCCACUCAUCUCUGAAAGGAAGAGGUUGGACUAGAUGACCUUGAAGGUCCCUCCUAAUUCUCUGGGUCUAUUUUUUUCUGUUUUAUAUACUGAUUUUUUCACUUAAUGGUUUUUCCUAUGUCUACUUGUGUGUAUUAAUAUAAUCCUCAUCUGAGUUAUUUAAAAAUAAGCAUUGCCUUAAUAUGCUAUAACUUGCUUGAAUAUGCUGUGUUAUUGACUAUCUUGCUGUCAGUUUCUCUGCUAUAGUGGGACUUUGCAAAUUGUAGUGCAAGUCCCUUUUCUUGUUGAGGUCUUUCCUCCACAGAAUCAAGACAUCAACCUCAGUCUUGGCUCCACUGGCCUUUUCUUCCAUGUCCCUACCAAUAUUGUUUUAUUCAUUUGUUUGCCUAGUUUCAGAAGUGUAGUAUGAGUGUCACUUUAAAGUUUUGAUGUGCAUUUCUAUGUUUGAUUGUGAAGUUAUUGUUUUGAUGUCUUGGCAGUCAAGAGAAAUGGAUUUUACUCCUGAUUCUGCCACUCCCUAUCGAUGUAACCGUUUGCCCUCUCUAGGCCUCAGUGCCCUUAAUGAGUGGACCAGACUGCACCAUUGUCUAGUCCCUUUCAACUCAGAAAUGCUUUAAUUCAGUAAUUUAUUAUGUAUAUUUCCUCUGGUGUAAACUUUUUAUGUCAUGGAUUGAAUGGAAUCUAGGUAUUGACUACAUAUAUUUGUGUCAAUUCUCUAUAUGUUUUGGUUACAGAAUCUUUUUUAUCAUAGUUUAUAUGUAUAUGGUGAUUUGUGUUUUACAAAAGUGCUCUCACAUGCAUUCUCUCAGUUAAUAAAAAUGUAUCAGUUUUUAAAAAA